AAGAACUGAUUACAAACUGCGUUGAACAGGGUUUUCUUUUACAUAUUGUAAAUAGUUUUCAUCAGGAUGGCCGCAAUAACUGAAAAGUCAAAAGACACAAAUACUUUUCGGUUCAAGUCGUUCACAGAUCGCGUAAAUGAGAUCGACUUGCGUCAUUUGGCACUCUACCAUAUAGGCCACAAAUACGAGCAGCUCGAGGAAGCGGAGAAUGAAACUUACUUUCAACAAACGCUACAAAAAUGGAACGUGCUGAAUCUGACAGAAGAGUACAACUAUUUCAGCAAGCGAUGCCGCAAAAUAGUCACCCUACCGCAGUUGUUGCAUCAAAAGGACUUUGUAGUUGACUUGCUUUUAGAGCGCCUGGCCACAGCCACAAACUUGUCGCAGCAACCGCUUUUGGAGCUUCUCUACGUGCUGGCCCGUGACCUGCGCGAAGAGUUCUAUGCAUAUUUCCAACGAGUGCUGGACCGGUUGAUAUGUCUACUAAACACGCAGGAUGCCGAACAGCUGGAGUGGACGCUUAUCUGCCUGGCUCAUCUGUUCAAAACACUGAAGUCAUAUUUAAAACGUAAUAUUGGCAUCGUAUUCAAUGCUAUUCUGCCGCUGUUGGACGAACAGCACUACGCGGAGCAUGUGACCAACUUCGCAGUUGAGUGCUUUGCCUACAUAGCGCGCGAUGUUCGCGACUUUCCCCGCUUCCUAGCCUAUGUGCUGAAAACUGUGCUGCGCGAGCAGGUGGCAAGUGUACAUGGAUGCGGACGACUGCUCUACGAGAUACUGCGCGGUGUCAAUGGCCAACUGCACACAUGUGCCGCCCAUCUUCUGGCACAUGUUCUGGAGUUGCUAUCAAACGCAGAUGCCAGCCACACCAGCGCCCAGACGGCGCUGCUUGCGGAUAUCGUGCAGCACUGUUUCGGCCUGCUGCUCAAUUUUUUGCGUGCCGAUCAAAGCGUCGUCCUCUGGCAGCAGCUCUGCGGUGCUAUAUCCAAAGAGGGCCUUAGCACGACAGCCACGGUGCAGCUACUUGAGCUUAUUCUGCCGCUUGUUACACAUAAGGACGGUCGUUACAUUGCGGAACUGUCGGUGCUAGUGCCCACGAUCUUAAAGCUGCUCGAUAAACAUAUGACCGUGGAUGCCGAGCCGCUGCAACAACUGAGUACCUUGGUUAGUAGCUUGUUAAAAGCUCGACAUGCGCAACUUGACCAACUGGAUGCUAGUCGCCUUCUACAAAAUCAGCUGAAAGUCAGCCAGGUAUCACGUGACGUGUACUCGGAUUUCAUUCUUCAAAUGAUGGACUAUAAGCUGUUUGAGCUUAUGGUGCUACCCCACGUGGUAGCCCACUUCGAGGAGCAUAAGGAUACAGCUGCCCUGGAACUUUUAGCGCGCAUCGUACAGCAUAAACGCCCGUUACUCGUGGAUGCCACAAGUCUAUCGAAUUGGCAGGCAUAUCCCAUGGAGCUGAAACAAAAGACAACCCACGAGCAUUUGGAGCAUCAAAUUCAGCGAAUUGAUGUGACUGAAGAACGUCAACUAUUGCUCCUCAUUGUGUUACCUCAUUUGCGCGGCUUCAAUAAGCAGCCGCUUGAGAGCAGCCUCCAGUGUGCCAUCCAGGAUCAGCUAGCUGCCAAUGCUUCCGACCGCACGGUGCUGCUCCUCCUUCUGCAGACGCACUUCCUGCUCAAGUUUAAGUUGCCCAAAGAGCUGCGCACACAGCUGCAGGAGACUCUGCUGCCGCUCGUUGGCAACGACUUGCGAGCUUUGGCCUGCUUACAGCUCAUCUUGCAUAGCAUGGCUAAGGGUGAGCUGACGCCCAGCGCAACAGAGGCCACUUUAAAUGCUGUAUCUAAGCUGUUAAGUGAACCAGUGGCGCAGUGCCGUCGUAUUGCCGCUCAUUGCCUGGAGAUGCUGGGCAGCGAUCAGUGCAAAAUCAAUCCGUAUGGCUAUUUUGCUGCCGCCUGCUGCAUUGAACCCACAGUUCACAAUUACCGAGAGCUGCUGCUUCAGCUGCAACAACUGGAGCCUGCAGCGGCACAGUUCAAACGAUUCGCCAAACUGCCGCACUACAAAGAGCAUGCAGUCAGCCUGCUGCUGGGAUUAUUGUACAACAAUUUCAAAUUUGUGUGGGCGCCGGUACAGCAGCUGCUGGCAGAAUAUGUCAAAGUCAUGACCACCGAAGAGUUCUGGGGAUUGUUCAAGACAAAGCUCUUGCAGACAAUAGAAUGCAUUGAAUACAACGUGGAGGCGCCCACCUUGCAGCAGCAGCCACAUCACAGCUACAACUCUCAGGCCCUUUCAUCGCUGCUGCCACUGGGUGAGGCAUGCAACCAAUUGACGCUACAACAAGCUUUGAAUUACCGUCAACUGCUUUGGCAAUGUAUUCCCAAAUUGGGAAACAUUGCCGAGCUUAAGAACGCGGAUCUGGUGCGCCUAUUCUUGCAGUUCGUGGAGCGCGAGUAUCGCGCCCAGCUGGAGCGCACGGAACACUCUUGGAAUUUAAAUGAGUCAACGGCCGACGAUAUAGAUGUUGACGACGGGGACACCGAACACCUCGAGAAGACUCCAUUAACGAGUGCGGCGCGAAUCACGAACGAACGCCAUAAACGGAAGUCACGCAAUGCGCAUACAAAAUUUAUACUUCAGACGUUGCAACUUAAGCUGGCUUGCUUCGUGUCGCAGCCAAAUCCUAAGGCACUGCACCGGGAAUCGGAGAUGCGUGAAUUUUAUCUUGAGCUGCUCGCAGGACCCAAUGCGCAACUGCAGCAGCUAGCGCUGGAUUGCUUGGCUGCGUACAAGCAGCCAGCUGCAUUGGUCCAGCAAAAGCAGCAGUUGGCGGGGCUGAUCGAUGACGCCAAGUUCAAGGCGACCCUUACCGGAUUAGAGGUAGCCAGUCUGCCCACGCAGCAGCGAACCGAGCUGAUGCCCUACAUACUGCGCGUGCUGUAUGGCCACCUCACCAAGGGCGGCCAGCGUCAGCUGAGCGGGCAGCAGCGCAAGACGCUAAUUCUACGUUUUCUCGGUCAGCUGGAAGAGAAAGAGAUAUUGGACUUCUUGAAAAUGGCAUUUGGCCGCUUUGAAGAGUACACAAGCCAGCCAGUCGAGCUUCUGGCGGGACAUGUGCGGGCACAGUAUGUGCCCACGGCAGUGAUCUCUGCGCGCCAGCUGCAUAGAAUUGUUAACUUGCUGGAGCUUAUCAGAAAGGAGUUCGCGGGCCGCCUAAGUGCCGCCUUUCAAGUGUACGUUCUGAAGUUGCUGCUCUUGGCGGGCAGCGUGUCGCAGCAGGUGAUCGGUGACAACGCCCUCGAGGCUGGCAAGCUAAUGACAGCCUACAAGAAUGUGCGACACGCAGCGAUCCAAACGCUUGUCAACUACUUUGGUCAGCUUUUGGACAUGUCGGAACUGUGGAACACCAAAGAGAUGCAAGCUAUAUGCGAUGUCUUUGUCUGGCCCUGCCUGGAGCGUUUGCCGCAAGACUCUAUACACACGCCAACGCCUCUACUCAAGCUGCUGCUGAUGUGGGGUGGCGAGCCUAGCUAUCAGUCCUGGCUGCAACAGCGGCCGUCGCCCGAAUCGCCGCCCAUUGUGCACUAUCUGAUGGCGCUGCUUGUGAACGACAAGGCCAAGCCAGUGGUGCGACGUGCGUUGCUGCAGUUGGUGGAACAACUCUUGGAAAGCUCUAACACAGAGGAAUAUGGCCCACAAGCUCUAAGCAUUUUGCAGCCGUAUAUACCGGAUGUGCUGCAGCUAUUGCAGGCCAGCUGGCGGCAAAAAAGAGCCGGCAAACAGACAUUGGACAAGCGGGAACUCAACAUUUUAAGCCUGCUGACGGUACAUGUUCACGAACCAGACACGUGCGAGCUGCUGCUGCAGCUGUUGCUGCCACUUUUCACCAAGCAGGCAGCAAGUGCGAGUGCGGAGACUGUCCUGCAACUGAUUACCACGCUCUCGAAUCUUGUCCAACGCGUGCCCGCUCCCCACAACUAUGUGCGCCAGCUGGCGCCGCUCUUUGAGCAGGUGCAGGCGCUGCCCGCUCGCAAACUACUUUGCGAAAUGCUCUCAGACAUGGCAAAGCGCCUGUUUAAGCAGGCCAAGGAUCAGCCCGAACUCGCUGCCGCCUCGACAAAGUUACGCGAAUGGGUGCGUUUUGUUUUGCAGUUGAACGCCUGGGACAAACGUUGGCUGGAACAGCCCGAUUACGACAAGCGGCUGCAGGCACUUACCGAUCUGAAACAGCUGCUGGAGCGAAAGGAGGACAGCCCGGCUGUCUACGAUAUGGAACUGGGACUGCUGGUGACUUACAAUUGUUUCUAUAUGCUUCGCCAUGAUUCGGACUUGGGCAUGCGCGUCAACAUUGGCGAGCUACUAAAGCUUAUGCUGCCACAGCUGACAGGCCAGCUAAUUCAAAGCAAAGAUGAGCUGCAUUUCUGGCUGGAGGAAUGCCUGCUACCGCUACUGCAGCGUUGUCUGCGUGACGAACGUCACGAGCACGCACGCAAUGAGGCCAUUGGGCUGCUGGGUGAACUAGCGCGGCGGUGCUCCGAUGCCCAUGAAGUGCUACGCGAUCUUGCGCCGCUGGCCGAAGCUCACGACGUUGAGGUGGACUUCUUUGAGAACAUGCUGCACUUGCAGGCCCAGCGUCACGGUCGGGGCUUGCAGCGUCUAGUCAACGUCGCGGGAGGCGCCAGUUGGCGACAGACGCCGCCCUGUGCCCGUACGCUAACUCAGCUGCUGCUGCCGCUGGCCACACGCUACCUGUUGAGCGAAAAACAUGCGGGCAAGCACACUCUCGUCGAUGCGGCAAUCGAGGCAGUGGGCGUCAUGUGUGAGCUGCUUCCCUGGCAGCAAUACCACGCCGUGCUGCGCCAUUACCUGCAGCGCCUGCGACUGGCGCAUGGCCAGCAGAAGCAGUGCGUUCGCCUGGUGGUGCGCAUUCUCGAUGCUUUCCAUUUUGAUUUAACGAAUGCGAAUGCCGAUGGAACCCUUUUGGCACAACUCAAGCGGAAGCUUACCGAAACGCUUCCCGAGCCAACCGAGUCAACAAACGAACAAACGGAUGAAAACGGCGAAGAAUCGGAAUCAAAGUCUAUCAAAGAGGAGCCAACUAUAGAUAGCUCGAACAUUGAUUUCGAUGGCGACAGAGAAGAGGACAAGAUGGAGGUCGAGGAUGACGAGCCGGCGAAGACACAACAACCACUAGCGCCCAAUGCAGCCAAGCGUAUCAUGACUACCAUUACCAGCGUCCUACUGCCAACGCUUAAUCGAGCCAUCACCGAGAAGACCAAUUAUGAUACCAAGCACAAAGUUAACCGUCGUCGCCUGAGCUACGAGCGGGAAGAGGAAGAAAUACAACGCGUGCCCAUUGCCUUAGCCAUGGUUAAGCUCCUGCAAAAGUUGCCACAGGAGCUAUUGGAUAACAGUUUGCCAGGUAUUUUUAUGAAGGUGUGCACGUUCCUGCGAUCGCCCCUCAAAUCGGUUCGCAUGCUUACCCGAGACAUCCUAAAAAAGAUGAUGCUCACACUGGGCGGCAGCUGCCUGGGUCUGCUGCUGGAGCAGCUGCAGUCGUUGCUGACGCGUGGCUUUCAGGUGCAUGUGCUAUCGGUGACGCUGCACGGAGUGCUGGACGCGCUGCGUGGGCAACUGCAGCCGGCGCACAUUGAGCUCUGCCUGCAAAACCUGCUGGAAGUAGCUCUCAACGACAUCUUCGGAGACGUAAGCGCCGAGAAAGAGGUGGAUAAAAUCGUCGCGCACACACCUGAGGCCAAACCCAGCGCCAAGAGCUAUUUGACGUUGAACAUUGCGGCGCGGUUCAUACGCGACAACUGUUUGCUGGACUUGCUGCUGCCCUUCAAGGAGCAGCUGGCACGCACACACUCGCGCAAGGUAACGCAAAAGAUUCAGGAGUGCUUUGCCAAGAUUGUUGCCGGUCUUGUGGAGAACACGCACAUAGCGCGCGAGAGCUUGCUGAUUUUCAUCUACGGCACCAUGUCGGAGAGCAUCACUGACCUGCUGCCGGGCUCACAGAAGCGGCAGCUUAGCGACAAGCAGCAGGCUCUGAUGCGUCGCGCCCGUCCCGACUGCCUGCUGUUGCAGCCAGCGCCAGGUCGUCGUAGCGUCGCGACCGGCAACAAGCAGGUCAAGUCCAAUGCCCAAGCCAAUGCACACAUCCUCAUCGAAUUCGGGCUGGAGCUGCUACACUUUGUGCUGAAACGCAAAAAGCUAACAGAACUAAACUAUCAGCCCUUCCUGCAUCCGCUGCUGCCGCUACUGCGUGACGCCUUAAGCAGCAAACACGCCAAAACUACAAGCUAUGCGCUCAAAUGCUACACGGCGAUUUGGAUGGGCGACUACCAGCUGGCAGAGCUGAACCAAGAACAGCUGUGCCCGGUGGUAGGCCGCAUGUUCGAGAUUCUGAAAAACUUCUCGUCGUUUGGAGCCACGCGACAGGAAGAAAACGCUCAACUGGUGCGUGCCAGCUUUAAGGCGGUGGUAGCGCUGCUGCGAAAGUGUCAAGACUAUGCCCUGAGUGAUGAGCAGAUCGAGCAGCUGCUUCUACACGUAGAGCAGGAGUUGCAGGAGGGAGAGUGCAGUAGUCAAACGAUGUGCUUCGCCUUGCUUAAGGCACUGGUGGGACGCAAGGUGGACACACGCUCGCUACACGAUCUAAUGAAGCGUCUGGCCGAUUUGUCCAUUAUCUCGCAGUCAGACCACGUGCGCGACGAGUCACGGACCAUACUCAUCACAUACAUUAUGGAGUAUCCCCUGCAAAAGCGCGUUGAUCAGCUACUCAAGUUCAUGUCCGUGCAGCUGGCCUACACCCAGUCCGCUGGGCGUUUGUCGGCAAUUCAAUUUAUGCUAUCAAUUAUCAACAAGUUCCCACUGCUGUUGUUGGUCAAGCAUGCGGAGUUCUUGUACCUGUCGUUGGGCACGCGUUUGGUUAACGACGAGGACACCGCUUGCCGUCGCGCUGUAGCCACCGCUCUGGAGGCGCUGCUCGGCCGACUGAACAAAUUGCAGCGUCAGCCGCUGCUUGACCUGACCAUGCUAUUCUUCACCUCGCCGCAGUCCAGCCAAAAGCCAGGUGUUCGCGAGUUGGCCGCUGCGCUGCUCUCCCGAUUCGUGCAAGCAGAGCGUGCCGGCUUUGCAGAGCGACUUCCCGUCGUGCUACCCACGCUGGUGUCCGUGCUAACUCUGGGCGAUGCGGAAGCAGGCGGCAAAUUCGUACGCGCUCCUGGACACGUGGCACUUGAUACCAACGGAAUUAAUUUGCCAAAAAAACCCCGACGAAAGCAAUCCAGUGGUGCAGCCAAGGAAGACGCGGUGCUCGAUAUGGAAGCAGCUUUGGAGCACCACCAACGCACCGUUGACCAUCAGUUAAUACAGCUGCAGUAUUGUCUGCUGAAGAUCUUCGAGCACUGUGGCGAGGCUCUGCUCAGCGCUCAGGAACUAGCGCCCUCAGUCGAUGAAAUAGCGUACGCCAGCCAGCGGCUGCUCGGUCACGAGCAUAAUUGGGUACGCUGCAAUGCAGCCAAGCAGCUAACGCAGAUUUUGGCGCACUACGACUACGCGUAUGUGGGGCAGCAGUUGGUGGGCAUCAAACGUGAGAUAGCAGAUGAUGUCAAGGCGUUGGAAUUUAUUUACGCGCAGCCAGCGCAGGACAUUAAGAGUUUGGUGUUAGACUUGUGUGCACAGGUGGUGCCUGGUGAGACUGCGCAGGAAAUGAUUGAUGAGUUGGUCAAGCUUCUGCUUUUUGUUGCGCACAUGGUCAGGGAUGUGCCUUUCAGCAUGAAACAGGAGGACGUGGGAGAGCAGUGCGAGCAGAUACCAGCUGGCAAAAUCAAUCUCAACUGGCUUGUGCGCAACAUUCGUAUCCUAAUCAAUAAAGAGUUGUCCAAGGCGCCACACGAUACCAGCAUUCGCACGGCUCUGUUCACACUCAUCGAAGGGCUAUCCACAUUGCUGAGCACUGAUGUAGUGACACGACUGGCUCCGGCCUUCCUGCAGGCACUUGUCCGCGAGAUGUCGGAAGAGGAUCAAAACGUCGAUCCAGAGCUUCGCCAACUGUCACUUCGAGUUGGCAGCCGCCUGCGCAAACGCAUCGGGGCUGAGACGUACGACAAACUGCGCAACGUUGUGCAGAACAAACUGAUGGUGCGUCGUGCCGAGCGCCGCAAGGCUGUGGCUCAGGAAAAGAUUCAUGAUCCAGUGCGGGCCGCCAAACGCAAGGCUGGUAUGCAAGACCGCAAGAAGGCGGCCAAACGCCUGAAAACAGCUGUGGUGCGUGGAAAGGCACCCGAUACGAAACAUAAGCUCAAGAAACGCAAGCGCAAAGCGGAAAUGGACGGUGUUUAAAUAUUUGUUUAACAAUUAUAUAAAUAUACAUGCAUACAUGGACCUCCCUGGAAGUUUUUUAUAAGUUGCUUAAAUAUAUUAAUUUUUAAUAUGGCUUAUAGUUUUCU